AUGAGGAAACGAUACAAUCGCUUUAAUGCGAAUGGUGCUCAGUCAUCUAGAUUGAGGAAAAUGACAAAGGCAUACUUAACACCUUUUAAGGAUUUUACACCAAGAUUAUCACAAACAACUUUAGAAAAAACUGAUCAUUUUUAUCAAAUGGUUUGUAGAAUUAUUUUAGAUUAUCAAAGUGCUACAACAGGCCUUUUUCCACGAUAUUCACAAGAUCGAAAUAUUGGUUAUAUCAAAGAUUCUAUAUAUUGUGCUUUAACGUGUUGGUCAUGUAGUUUGGCAUAUAAAAGAUUAGAUGAUGACAGAGGUCGUGAAACUAGUCUUUGUCAAAGUGCAGUAAAAACAAUGCGUGGUAUAUUAAAUUGUUGGAUGAGUCAAAUAGAUAAGCUUAAUGAUUUUAAAGAAAAAAAUACUCCUGAAUUUGCUUUACAUUCACGUUUUAAUCUUCAAACAGGUGAUCCAAUUCCUGAAGAUUUCGAGCACCUUCAAAUGGACUUAGUAGCUUUAUACAUUUUAGCACUUGUAGAAAUGACAUCAUUUGGUAUUCAAAUUAUUUAUACAAAUCAUGAAGUAGCAUUUAUACAAAAUUUGGUAUUUUAUAUUGAAAGAUCUUAUAGAACACCAGAUUAUGGAAUGUGGGAACGUGGAACAAGAUAUAAUAAUGGUACAACUGAAAUACAUGCAUCAAGUUUAGGAAUGGUUAAAAGUGCCUUAGAAGCAAUAAAUGGUUUCAAUAUUUUUGGAACUAAUGGAUCAUCCUCAUCAGUUAUAUAUGUUGAUAUUGAUGGUCAUAAUAGAAAUAGAACAACAUUUGAAACCAUAUUACCAAGAGAAUCAAAUUCAAAGAAUACCGAUGCAUCAUUAAUUGCAACUGUUGGAUGGCCGGCAUUUGCAACCCAUAGUCCAUUACUUUUUGACAAAACAAUAAAUAAAUGUUUAAAACAUUUAGAAGGAAAAUUUGGACUUAAACGAUAUCUUAGAGAUGGAUAUAAAACUGAAGUUGAAAACAAAACAAGAAAAUUUUAUAAUGAAAAUGAAACAUCUAAAUUUGAUAAAGUUGAAUGUCAAUUUCCAGUUUUUUUUGCUUAUCUUUAUCUUACUUAUCAAUUAAAAGGUGAUAAAAAAAUGUGUGAUAAAUAUUGGGAAAAAUUAGAAUGUCUUUUAGUUCCAGGUGAUUUUAGAGAAGGAUUUAUGAUUUUACCGGAAUGUUAUUAUCUUGAAGAAGAUUCAUAUAAUGAUGAAAAAAAUCAUCCUGGUAGUCAAGAUUAUUAUCCUGCUAGUCCUGUUGAAUAUGGUCAUCAUUUAUGGAGUAACUGUGUAUAUCUUAUUGCACAUAUGAUAAAAGAAAAAAUUAUACAUUCAAGUGAUUUAGAUCCAAUAUAUCGACAUCUACCAGCAGGACAACGUCCAACCAUCUCAAUAAGACAUUCAGCAUUUAGAGGUAGUAUGAAUGGUGAUCCUGUUGUUCAGAUUGCUCUUAUAGCUGAAUCACCAAAAUUACAAAUGUUAUUAGCAACAUAUGGUAUCGCAACACAAACACCCCAUGAAAUUGAACCAGUUCAAAUUUGGCCUUCUUGGAGAAUGGUUGAAGUUUUUAAUCAUUUAGGAAAAAGUAAAAAAUUAAAUUUAGGUGGCAGACCUUCUAGACCAUUUGGUUCUUUAAAUACUUGUAAAAUUUUUAGAUUUUUUGGUGAAACAAUUUUAUGUUAUCCAUUGAUUUUUGAAAACAAAGAUUUUUAUGUUAACUGUGAUCCAACUGUUAUUAUUAAUGAUAUUAAAAGAGAAAUUGAUUUUGUUGCAAAAAGAUGGAAACUAGCUGGAAGACCAACAUUUUGUUUGUUACUAAGAGAUGAUAAUGUGUUAGGUCAAUUUUUCAACAAUAUGUUAAAUCUUCUUGUCUGUUUAAAAAACGGUCAUAUGAAUGGUGUAAGAGUACGUGUUGGUAGAAUACACCAACUUAUAAAUACUGGAUGUGUUGAACAUAUUGAUUUUGUAACACCAGAAAAUGUUGACUUUACUUUUGAUAUUGUUAAAGAAGUACAAAUUCUUGGAACAUUACCAAAGAAAGAUUCUAGUAUACCACUUAUAAAUGAUAAAGAAAUAAAAUAUAUUUUACCAUCAGAAGUUGAUAAUUUAUCAUAUGAAGAAUUAGUUAAAUAUGCUACAUUACCAACUGAAAAUAAUAUUAGAAUGUCUGCUUUUUCAUUAUGUUCUCUUAGAAAACAAUAUGGUGAAGAUUAUCAAAUUAAUGGAGUGCCUUUGAAAAAUUAUUUUGAAAAAGUUUAUGAAAUAUCAUGUACUCUUAGUGAUUGGUAUGUUAUAAGAAUAGCUGCUUCAGUUUUAAGAAAAACAAUUAAUAAUUUAGCUCCUGGAAUUACAAAUAUUUUAGUUAGAGGUAAACAAGUUAGUAUUGGAACAGAUUAUGAAUCUGAAGACAUAAUAAAUGUCCCAAAAACACCUAAUGAAAUAACUACAAAAAUAUAUGAGAAAUGUAAAAAUGCUGAUGCUGCUUUAUUUGUUCUUUAUCAGGAAUUAAUUAUAGCAUGUUCAGAUUUAAUUGAACAUAUUCCAACAGCAUUUACAGAAGUUUUAACUAUUCGUUUAGCUUGGUUAAAAGGUGCUAUAAAGAUUAUUCUUAAUUAUAUUCAAAAUGGUAAUUCAUUAGAGUAUGGAGAUAUUGAAGCAUAUCUUUCUCACAUAAAAAGUAAAGUAACUAUUUUUGAUUUACCACCAACAAUUAUCAAAGAGUUUGUUUAUGCUUUAAUGACAAAAAAAAAUUGGAUAUUACUUCCCAGAUGGGAAAGAAGAACCUUAACAAGUUCUUUAAAUAUGAUAUCACCAAAAGUUUUUGAUUAUGUUUGGAAAUUAUUAGAAAAAUGUGAGGGUGGUUUAGUUAUUGCUGGAGAAAAAUUAUCACAAUAUCCUACAUUAAAAGUUUUUACACAUUCUGAAUUGACAUUUGCUUACAAAAUUGAAUCAAUUUUAGGAAUAAUUAAACAACCAGAACAUCGUCAAUUACUUGUAGAAUUACUUGAAGUUUUAGGAUACCUAUCUGAACAUCAUCCAGAAUUACGAAUUACGAAUAUUCUUGAUUGUGAUGAAUUAUUAACUGAUGCUUAUAAGCUAUUUUGUAAAGAUAUCAAUAUAUGUGAUACUCCAAUUAAUUUGGCACGUUUUUAUGAAUAUGAAAAUGAAAAAAGUGAUAAUCGUUGUGACGUUUAUUUAAUGAAAAGUAUAAUGAAACGUCUUUUACGACCAAAUGGUUUUAUUUCAAAUCAUCGUUAUACAAUACCUGAAGAUGAAAGAUUAGAAUCAAAAGAUAAAAAAAAUAUUCCAAUGUGUCAUAUUUCAUAG